GUUGAGGCGGUGCCCUGCCCUCGCUGCUUGUACGCCAGACUGCGGCGGGCAUAGAGAGCUUUGCGUUACAGAAAUGGCGGAGGGGGAGUUGGACGUUGACUCGUUGAUUUCCAGGCUUCUAGAGGUACGAGGAUGCCGCCCAGGCAAGAUCGUCCAGAUGACGGAGGCAGAGGUGCGCGGCCUCUGCAUCAAAUCCCGGGAAAUUUUCCUUAGCCAGCCAAUCCUACUGGAGCUGGAGGCUCCGCUCAAAAUCUGCGGUGACAUCCAUGGACAGUACACAGACCUGCUGAGGCUCUUUGAGUAUGGCGGCUUCCCUCCAGAGGCUAACUACCUGUUCCUGGGCGACUACGUGGACAGAGGGAAGCAGUCGCUGGAGACCAUCUGCCUGCUGCUGGCGUACAAGAUCAAAUACCCCGAGAACUUCUUCCUGCUCCGGGGCAACCACGAGUGUGCCUCCAUCAACCGCAUCUACGGCUUCUACGACGAGUGUAAACGCAGGUUCAACAUCAAACUGUGGAAGACUUUUACUGACUGUUUCAACUGCCUGCCCAUCGCCGCCAUAGUGGAUGAGAAGAUCUUCUGUUGUCAUGGAGGACUUUCUCCUGACCUUCAGUCUAUGGAGCAGAUCAGACGGAUCAUGAGACCCACAGACGUGCCUGACACAGGUCUUCUGUGCGACCUGCUGUGGUCGGACCCUGAUAAGGACGUACAGGGCUGGGGGGAGAACGACCGUGGCGUCUCCUUUACAUUCGGUGCCGACGUGGUCAGCAAGUUCCUCAACCGUCAUGAUUUGGACCUCAUCUGUAGAGCUCACCAGGUGGUAGAAGAUGGGUAUGAGUUCUUCGCCAAGCGGCAGCUGGUGACCCUGUUCUCAGCUCCCAACUACUGCGGGGAGUUUGACAACGCCGGUGGCAUGAUGAGCGUGGACGAAACCCUGAUGUGCUCCUUCCAGAUCCUGAAGCCGUCUGAGAAGAAGGCCAAGUACCAGUAUGGAGGGAUGAACUCCGGCCGACCCGUCACGCCGCCUCGCACAGCCCAACCCCCAAAGAAACGAUGAAGAUGGACAGACGGACAGAAAGAUGACAAGAUGAUACGAUUGUCUCCUUCUGGCUUUUCACAUUAAAGAAGUAAAAGCAACACUUGGCAGAGAAGGAACCAGAACCCCUCAUUUUAAAAAAACACACCCCACUCUCCAGAAACAACUUUUUUUU